AUGGCAUCAACUCGCGAGUGCUUGGCGGUGCUCAAGCCGAUGGGCGAAGUGUUCGUCAAUGGUUUGGCUUCUAGCUACGACGAUGAGUAUCCAGAGUCCGAGCAGCUACGGGCGCUAAUGACCCGCGAGGACUUUGACAAGAGUAUAGGUAUCAUUAACGACGCGUUGAUGGACCAUUGGCCGUGCAUGCCUUGCAAAAGCUUCGGUUAUGGCUGCUGCAUCUGCACACUGGGGCUGUCGCUCUAUUGUGCUGGUACCCAAGUUUAUGAAGCUGAGAGUCGUCUGCAGCUGCAAUUGCGACGCAUGAAUGAGCACAGGAAAUUUAAGGUCAAAGGGAUCCAGUGGCGACUCGAGAGGUCGUGGUGGAAGCACUCGUCAUAUAUUGAAAUCUCCGUUGACGCUGAGGGCGGUAGGAGUCUUGGGGCUUGGAGUGACAGGUCCGAGGGGGAAAUUCGAGACGAAACAAUGAGCGACCGAGUAUUAAUUGUGUGA